AGUCCCACUUCUUACUCCAGCCUGAGCAUUAAAUCCAAGCUUCUAGUAACCAAGACUUCAGGCACCUGUGUGAGCUUAACAGGGUGGUUUCCUGGGCAUCUUUACUUCUGGCCCAUGGGAAUAUCCCUUCCUUUGGUGUGACGUGGGUAUGCAUUGAAACGGUGUUUGUUAUGUUACAUUUUAUCUGGCAUUUCUGGCUCUCUAGUUGGCUGUAGCGCUGGAACUGAACGUCUCCUGGGUUCUUCAUGCUGACAGUUUAAGGGAAGUAAGCUCUACGAUAAGCAGAGCUAGAAAAUCCACCAGGAACAAGGCUCUGGCGCUUGGGAAGGGACUUGGAUUCCAGGCCAGGCACUGCUGCUUCCCAGCUGUGUGGCCUCAGGGCAGCUCACCUGACCUGCACCCAGGUUGUGGGGGCUGUAUGGUUACAUGUGAGCUCUUUGAAAACUGGCAAGCAUUUUGCCAAUAUAAAGAAUGACUUCUACUCUCAGUAGCAGUGAGAAUAAAUAGUAACAACAAUGGCUGUUUGCCAUGCAGCAGGUGCUCAGAACUAUCUGUUGAAAUAAUGAGAACUCCACCCCUGCAGUUUGAAGGAAAGCAACCCGCAGGGCCCCAGAGAGGAGCCACAGGAGGCUCCAGGAGACUGCACAAGGUCCAGAAUGGAUGGGCAAGGCGGGGAUUCGACUUGGCUCUUGCAGAGGCAGCCAAUUGGCCCUCAUCCGGCCCUGCCAAGUCCCGUGUGGCAUGGGCAGGCUUCAUGGCAAUUCUCUCUCCAGGUCUGCCCCUCUGGCCCAGCUGGGACAGGUGCCUGGCUCCACAGCCUCUUUGCUGUGGCUUUACAGGAAACAGGUGCUUGUGCCAAUCAGCAGAGAGCGCCUGGUGCAGGGUGUGGAGGAGAUGAGAUAAAAAGUUGUUGGUGUGUGUGCAGGUUUGCAUGUAUGUGCAUGGGUGUGUGUGCAUGUUUGUAUGUGAGGGUGGAUGCUGGGGUGCUGAGUGAGCAUCAAUUCUGGCCCAGAUGCUGAAAUGAUUGCCUCCAAGAGCCUCAUUUUCAUUCCAGGGGGUUCUCCCCUCACACAAUCCAAAACACUAUAGACAUCACAGCUCUUAUCAGUGAGAGCUGUUUUUUCUAACCUUUUCCUGUCUCUGACCUCAUCUGCUCCCCCAGUCUUUUUAUGAAGUAGAUGGAGAAGUUGUUAUUGGACUCUUUUUUUUUUUUUUUUUUGAGACUGAGUUUCACUCUUGUUGCCCAGGCUGGAGUACAAUGGCACGAUCUCAGCUCACUGCAACCUCUGCCUCCAGGGUUCAAGUGAUUCUCCUGCCUCAGCCUCCCGAGUAGCUGGCAUUACAGGCAUGUGUCACCAUGCCCGGCUAAUUUUGUAUUUUUUAGUAGAGAUGGGGUCGCUCCAUGUUGGUCAGGCUGGUCUCA